CUCUCCGCUGUGUUCGUCGUUGACUGUGUUGUAUCCGGAGCUCAGUAUUUGCUGAAGUUUAUGUUUUUUUGUAGGAUCCAAAGAGUCAUAUCUGAGCAGUUAUUAACCUCUCUGGGACACGUUUGCACAUUGCGUAAUUCCCGAUCCCUCACGUCUAAAAUGGCUUUCCAGUACCCCCCUGUGUACCGCGACGAGGCCGUGGUAGAUGUUUAUCAUGGCAAUAAAAUCCCGGAUCCGUACAGCUGGCUGGAGGACCCGGACAGUGAGAAGACACAGGCCUUUGUCAACGCCCAGAACCAGCUGACCAUGCCCUAUCUGGAGCGCUGCGAGGUGCGAGACCUGUUCAAGGAGCGGAUGACCGAGCUCUACGAUUACCCCAAGUACAGCUGCCCCUUCAAGAGGGGAAGCAGGUACUUCCACUUCUACAACACGGGCCUCCAGAACCAGAGCGUGAUGUACGUGCAGGAGAGCCUAGAGGCGGAGCCCACUGUCUUCCUGGACCCCAACACCUUCUCUGAAGAUGGGACGGUGGCCCUCAGAGGCUAUGCCUUCUCCGAGGACGGGGAGUACCUGGCGUACGGCACCAGCGACAGCGGCUCGGACUGGGUGGAGAUGCGCUUCCUGCGCGUGGAGGGCGCCUCGCUGCUGGAGGACCGGCUGAAGCGCGUCAAGUUCAGCUGCAUGUCCUGGACGCACGACGGCAAGGGGCUCUUCUACAACUCCUACCCCCAGCAGGAGGGCAAGAGCGACGGCACGGAGACGUCCACCAACCUGCACCAGAAGCUGUAUUACCACGUGCUGGGCACCCCCCAGGCCCAGGACUCCCUCUGUGCCGAGUUCCCCAAGCAGCCCAAGUGGAUGAGCGGCGUCGAGGUGUCGGACGACGGGCGCUACAUCCUGCUGUCCAUCAGGGAGGGCUGUGAACCGGUCAACAAACUGUGGUACUGUGACCUCCAGAGCCUCCCGCAAGGCAUCACUGGCCUCCUGCCCUGGGUCAAGCUCAUCGACAACUUUGACGCCGAGUACGAGUACGUGACCAACGAGGAGACGGUGUUCACCUUCAAGACCAACCUGGACGCGCCGCGCUACCGCCUCAUCAACAUCGACUUCUCCUCUCCGGCCCAGGGCGGCUGGCAGGAGCUCAUCCCCCAGCACGACAAGGACGUCAUCGUGUUCGCCACCUGCACCUACUCCAGCUUCCUGUUCGUGUGCUUCCUGCACGACGUCAAGAACGUGCUGAAGAUGUACCGGCUGGGCUCCGGGGAGGAGCUGCGGACCUUCCCCCUGGACGUGGGCUCCGUGGUGGGCUUCACCGGCCGCAAGAUGGACUCGGAGAUCUUCUACUACUUCACCUCCUUUCUCUCGCCAGCCAUCAUCUACCACUGCGACCUCACCAAGGAACCCCUGCAGCCCCACGUGUUCCGGGAGGUCACCGUCAAGGGCUUCGACCCCUCCGAGUACCAGACCACACAGAUCUUCUACCCCAGUAAGGACGGCACCCAGGUGCCCAUGUUCGUGGUGCAUAAGAAGGGGCUGAAGCUGGACGGCUCCCACCCCGCCUUCCUCUACGGCUACGGCGGCUUCAACAUCUCCAUCACGCCCAGCUACAGCGUCUCCCGCCUCAUCUUCGUGCGCCACCUCGGCGGGGUGCUCGCCGUGGCCAACAUCCGCGGCGGCGGGGAGUACGGAGAGACCUGGCACAAGGCCGGCAUGCUGGCCAACAAGCAGAACUGCUUUGAUGACUUCCAGUGUGCCGCCGAGUAUCUGGUGAAGGAGGGCUACACCACCUCCGCCAAGCUCACCAUCAACGGAGGCUCCAACGGGGGGCUGCUCGUAGCGGCGUGUGUGAACCAGAGGCCGGACCUCUUCGGCUGUGCCGUGGCCCAGGUGGGCGUCAUGGACAUGCUCAAGUUCCACAAGUUCACCAUCGGACACGCGUGGACCACCGACUUCGGCUGUGCAGACAUUAAGGACCAAUUUGAUUGGCUUAUCAAGUACUCCCCGCUCCACAACAUCCGCGUGCCGGAGGGCGAGGGCGUGCAGUACCCGUCGGUCCUGCUGCUGACGGGCGACCACGACGACCGCGUGGUGCCGCUGCACUCGCUCAAGUACCUGGCCAUGCUGCAGCACGUGGUGGGCCGCAGCCCGCGCCAGACCAACCCGCUCUUCAUCCACGUGGACACCAAGUCGGGCCACGGCGCCGGCAAGCCCACCAGCAAGGUCAUCCAGGAGGUGGCCGACACCUACGCCUUCAUCGCCCGCUGCCUCAACCUGAGCUGGAUCAAAUAGUCGCCCCGGCAACCGCGCCCCUCUCCCACCCAAACGCUCGCACUCCCCUCUCAACCCCCCCCACUGCCUCUUUGCAGUUUGUUUAUCACCCCCCUGCACUUCACACACAACGGUUCUGAUGGGUUACCGGUCUUUUUAUUGAAAUGAGUGCUUUGAGCUAACAAUGCUGCAUUCUUCAACUCACAAGACAUCCCGUUCUCGUUCAAGCCGUCUUCAAACAUAGGCUGUCCCGUCGCCAUCCAUUUCUCUCUCUCUCUCUCUAGCUCUCUCAUAGCUCUCUCUCUCGCUCUCGCUCUCUCUCUAGCUCUCUCUAGCUCUCUCUAGCUCUCUCUCCCUAACUCUCACUCUCUAGCUCUCUCUCUCGUCUGGCUAGCUCUCUCUUUCUAGCUCUCUCUCUUGCUCUCUCUCUCUCUCU